AUGGUUGGCCAAGAUGGCAUAGCUGUAGACCCUGACAAAGUCAAGGCUAUUAGGGACUUGGCACCUCCUAAGGAUGUGCACAGUGUUCGAAGUUUCAUGGGCAUGGUCACACAGCUAGGAAAGUUUUCCCCACUUCUAGCUGAGUAUUCAGAGCCAAUUAGAGAUUUGCUGAGUAGUGAAAUUACUGUAAACAAUGGGUUGUUAAUGAGAAAUGACAGGCUUAUUAUUCCAUCUGAAUUGAAAACAGAUAUUUUGGCUAGGUUACAUGAGGCCCACCAAGGGAUCAAUAAAUGUAGAUCAAGGGCAAAAGAAUCUGUUUGGUGGCUAGGAAUAAGCAAAGACAUUGAAAAUCUUGUUAAAGGGUGUGAUACUUGCGCUAAAAUGCAAAACGAAAAAAGAGAGCAAUUGAUUGCUACACCUUUUCCAGACAGGUGUUGGUCUAAGUUAGGUUCAGAUUUGUUUCAAUGGCGCGGUUGCACAUAUUUGCUGGUGAUAGAUUAUUAUUCUCGCUACAUUGAAAUAGCUAAACUCAGUUCAUUGUCGUCUGCGACUGUUGUUGCGCAUCUUAAAUCAAUAUUGUCACGUCAUGGACUAUGCGACAUUAUAGUCACAGACGGAGGUCCGCAAUAUGCUUCGGAUACUUUCAACAAGUUUUGUGCUGAUUACGGUAUCGAGCACAUAACCUCAAGUCCGAGGUACCCUAUGGGUAAUUCAGAAGCUGAACGUGCCGUACAGACUGUCAAACGUCCGCUGAACGCGUGUGAUGAUCCGUAUCUCGCUAUGUUGCAAAAUGGGCUUUCGCCAAGUCAAUUGUUAUUCGGGCGUCAGAUUAAAACUACACUCCCUCAAGCGCCACAAAAGCUUGAUCCGAAACCGGUAAAUUCUAGAGAGAUACAGCAGAAAGAAAAAAAUUACCGUAAUUACUCAAAAGAAAUUACGACAGGUCUAGACGCGCUCAGUACCUUCCUCCACUGA